UCAUGCCAAAUAUGUUUUAGGGGCAGAUGGUGCUCACAGUUGGGUCAGAAAACAGUUGGGUAUCGACAUGGAAGGUGAACAAACUGAUUUCGUUUGGGGGGUCUUGGAUAUGGUUCCAAUCACCAAUUUCCCCGAUAUCAGAAGCAGAUGUGCUAUUCACUCCAAAGAAUCUGGUUCUGUCAUGGUUAUCCCUAGAGAAAAUGACUUGGUCAGAUUUUACAUCCAAUUGAAGGAAGUUGAACGUGAUCCAAAUACCAAGACUGAAUCGAGAGAAUUCUCCGGUAAUGUCGAUGACAAGAAAGCCAAGACUAAAGGUAGAAUUGACCGUUCCAAGAUCACUCCCGAGCUUAUUUUAAAGCAAGCUCAAGAGAUUUUGCAACCAUACACUCUUGAAAUGACUGAUUUGGAUUGGUUUACUGGUUAUCAAAUUGGUCAAAGAGUCAGCCCAAAUUUCAGCAGACACAACCGUGUUUUCAUUGCUGGUGAUGCUUGUCACACCCAUUCUCCAAAAGCCGGUCAAGGUAUGAAUGUUUCCAUGCAAGAUACAUACAAUCUUGGGUUCAAGUUAGCUUUGGUUUGUAAAGGGUUGGCUAAACAAGACAUCUUGUCCACUUACGAAUCGGAAAGAUUGAAGGUAGCUCGUGACUUGAUUGCCUUUGACCACAAGUUUUCGAGAUUGUUUAGUUCCAAACCCAUGAUUCCUAACGCUGAUGUAUUGGAUGGUGCUGAUAUGGACGAAUUCCAUCAAGUUUACAUUGAAGGUAACAAGUUUGCCUCUGGAACUAUUGUUGAUUAUGAAGAUUCCGUGUUGGUAAAGAAAGAAGGUGCCAAUGCACCAGAUGACAAUGGAUGCACUAUGCACCCAUUAGCUUCUAAGGUACCAAUUGGUAGAAGAUUAUACAGCGAGGUCAUUAUUUCUCAAGCUGAUGCUAGACCAGUGCAUGUUGCUGACCGUCUUGCUUCCGAUGGUCGUUUCCGAGUCUUGAUCUUCCCUGGUGAUGUCAGUACACAUCCUGAAAACAUGGAAACCUUACACAAGUUCCAACCAUUCAUUGAUUCUAAAGAUAAUUUCGCUAAGAAAUUCACUCCAGUCAAUGCCUUCAGCGAUUCUGUGAUUGAUAUUAUCACCAUUCAUGGUUCAUGUCGCUACAACGUAGAAUUCUACGACUUCCCUCAAUUCACCCGACCAAAGGACUACAAGGGCCGCUGUGACUACUGGAAAUUGUACACUGGUAUCGGUAAUACUUAUCACGAAGGUGAUAUUGAUGCUUAUGAAAGUUAUGGUAUUGACAAGAAGAAAGGUGCUAUUAUUGUCGCUAGACCUGAUUCCCAUGUUGCUUUAGUUACCGAGUUCAGUACUGAUGGUUUGAAUGCUGUUGAUGGGUACUUUAAAGAAUUCAUGUUGCCUCAAAAUGACGUGGUUUUGCCAGAGAAGGAUGUUAAGGGCCAUGACAAGAAGAGAUUUGUUCAACCAAGAUUGGCUGUUUAAAGCUUUAGAUAGUAUAUAGUUAAUAUGAUUUAUUUAUGUU